AGAGUGCUUGGUUGGAGUCCAUGCACGCUGUCCGGUACACCAGUACUUUGAGCCUUGUAGGAACUUUUUUAGGAUAUUUCCUAUCGACCAUCCCUUACAAGGGAACGGUGUACUGCUGCUACUUACAGCUGCCCAUUUCCCUCGUCUUUAACUUCAUGACUUACCCGUGAAUUUUUUUCCCAAAGUCAAUAAUGCCAUUGUCAUUGGUAAAGCUCACCCAAUUAUGGCGAUCUUGCCCAGAUAUGUGUAGUUACGUUUGAGGCUUUGGUGAACGCAGAAAAAGAUGAGGGCCAAUUCCUCCUUCCCCAAUCCUUGCAAGGAAGCACUGUUUCUUCCUUUGCUGUUCCUGAUGAUUUUCCCUUUUGCCCUCUGUGAGUACCGAUGGUCUAUCUGCGAUAAUUCCUCAACUUACGCAAAGGGUAGUACAUAUUCCACAAACUUAAAUCGAGUUAUCAAUGACCUGUCUCGUAAUGCACCUCAAAGUUCAGGGUUUAACACCUCUUCCCGUGGCCAAUCUCCCAAUAAAGUUUAUGGCCUACUACAGUGUAUGGGUAAUAUAUCAGCAGCGAAAUGCUCAAAUUGUUCAGUGGAGGCAAAUAGCACUAUUCAAGAACUUUGCGCCAACGACAUAGGUGGGCGAGUCUGGAUAGAUUACUGCUUCUUGCGCUAUGACAACUCCAAUUUCAUUUCAUCAUUAGAUACCAACUUUGCUCUCCUGGAGAACACGAAGAGUGUGACAAACAAUAUACAAGAUUUUAAGUCCACAACUUCUGGUCUUCUUUCCAAUUUGUCUGAUAAAGCCUACAUCCCUGAAAAUAAGCUAUUUGCGGUUGGAUCGGUCAAUUUUUCAGCGUCGGAGAAGAUAUACGGCUUAGUUCAGUGCUGGAGAGACAUAUCAAUCAAGGAUUGCAGAUCCUGUUUGUUUCAGGCAAGGCAAGCGUUGGAGCAGUGCUGUUCUUCACGACAAGGAGCUCAGGCAAUGUCAGGAAGCUGCACAGUGCGAUACGAGAUGUACCCAUUUGUUGAAUCCGGCGAACCAUCAUCCUCGCCCUCACCAUCCCCUGAGGCUCCAUCACCACUUCCGACAACACCCAAAUCAAGUUCUCCGCCGGCAGCCCCCGGUCCUUCUAGGCCAAUUUCCCAGGCGAAAUCAAAGAAAUCCUCGAAAACAUUACCCAUUGUACUGGGGCUUGCGCUGGGCGUGGCUCUGCUGUUAACCAUUUGUUUGAUUGCUUUGAGAAAAAGAGUUAUAUCUGCCAUUCUGAAGAAGGCAUUAACUCCAGUUACCCAUCACGAAGAGAGGCAUGUAUUUUCUCCUCAAUCCGGGUUACUUCAACAGGAACAACCUUUUAUCUUCAGCUUAGAGGAACUUGCAGAAGCUACUGGAAAUUUUCAUGACAAUAAUAAACUUGGAGAAGGGGGUUUCGGUGCGGUAUACAAGGGAAGAACUAAGGACGGAAAGCAAAUAGCAGUGAAAAAAUUGUCUGCAAAGUCUAACCAAGGUAAGGUAGAAUUUAUGAACGAAGUGAAGCUCGUGGCCAAUGUUCAGCACCGAAAUCUUGUGAAGCUGGUGGGAUGUUGCGCUGAAGGAGAUGAAAGGUUGAUUGUUUAUGAAUACUUCCCCAACAAGAGCCUUGACACCUUUCUUUUUGAUCCAGAAAAGCGUAGACAGCUGGACUGGGAAAAGCGUUAUAACAUUAUAAUUGGAAUUGCCCGUGGCCUUCUUUAUCUGCACGAGGAUUCGCAGAUGAGAAUUAUUCACAGAGAUAUUAAAGCGAAUAAUAUUUUGCUUGAUGACAAGCUCAAUCCAAAGAUAGCUGAUUUUGGCCUUGCCAAAUUUUUUGCUGAAGAUGAGUCGCAUAUACAAACACGAGUUGCAGGCACAUAUGGUUACAUGGCUCCAGAGUAUGCAAUGCGAGGGCAGCUUUCUGUUAAAGCCGAUGUUUAUAGCUUCGGAGUUCUACUGCUUGAGAUUGUGUGUGGAAGGAAAAACACAGAGAACCAUUUAUCCCAGGGGAUGCAAUAUUUACUAGAAUGGGCCUGGAGACUUUACAAAGGGGGAAAUAUUAUGAGCAUAGUUGAUUCAACAGUAUCAGAAAGAUGCCCUGAGGAGCAGGCAUUGAGAUGCAUUCAUGUUGGGUUUGUAUGUGUUCAAGCUGAUGCAGCACUUCGUCCACCCAUCUCUAAUGUUAUGAUGAUGAUCUCCAACAGUUCAGUGACAGUACCAAACCCAACAAAGCCUGCUUUCCUAAGUAGUACCGAGAGCCAUGCUUCAAAAUUAAGAUCAAAGUCAAGCUCAGGGGAUGAGGAAAUUGACAAGGAAAUGGCAUCGCAGACAUUUGAGACGACGACUGCAUUUGCACCAAGUGUUCAUUCAGUAAAUGAAACCUCACUCACUGAAAUGGGUCCAAGGUGAGCCUACAUAAACGGGGACACAGGAUUCUAUGUGCAGAAAUGAAACCCUGCCUCCAUUCGCACUCUUCUGACCAGUCAAUACUCAGCUAUCACUCCGUCUUUUCACCUAUGCUCAAAUAAUCUGUGUAAGAUGUAAAUUCAUUGUCAGUUUUUUUUUUUUAAUAUUGAAUCAAGCUGUAAUGGAAAGAUUGCAUCUUAGAAGGAAUCAAGAAUAAAGUCCAAAAAAGAAGAGGCAUAAAUAAUAUCAGCUCUGAAGGAGCAUUGGUAUUGCAUAUACACCGUUGCGUACAAGAGUUUUAUCUGAGUCAAGUUAAUAUGUUUGAAGAGUUUGGUAUACAUAUAUUCAUAUAAAGUUUAGUAGGACCAACUUAUCUACAAUUUAUCACAAUAUUACAGCCCAGCAUAGGUUGAAAGUGGAUUGUCAGGUGAGUGCGUGGCCACAAUAAAUUGUGGUUGUAUCAGUAUUCAGAUUUUAUAUCAUAUCAGAUAAUUAUCUUUUUGGGUUC